UCGCGCGCGCGCACAACAGUAAACAGAGGCGGGCUGAUGGAGUUCCUGUUGAGAUGACAACGGUAAUGCUGUCUACUCAGGAACAGGGGGUGGAGGCCCUUGAAGCUGAACAUGUAUACAUUCUUAUGAAAAAAGAGUACCGUAUCUCUCGCAAUGUGCGGGCUGAAUGGUACCUCCGCAGGAUCAAUUCCAUCAUUUCUUUUCCAAGGAGGGAAACACUUAGAGACAAUGAAGAGGAGCUGGAGGUUGUGUCUGUUAUACCUGUGGAUAUACCAGCGGAGUGGGAUUAUGACACGUCGCACUUGUACAAGUAUCGCAUCACUCAGCGCACAACACUUCACUUCCUUUCCAGGAAGUACAGACAGGUGUUCUGCUUGGACCUGUCUCCCUCAACUUCAGUUGUUGAUGUUACAAAGGCCAGCGUUGUGCUAGAGGAAGUUUUUUCCACUUUACGACAAUGUCUAAAAGGCAUAGUUAGGCCAUUCUAUGUACCAGGGAGCCAGCUGCUUUUCCAACCUGAAGUGUACCUCACAAUAAUUGCUCACACUCCAUUCUUCAAGUCGCAGUCUCAACAAGUCUUGGUCCAAGGCUGGCUCCUCAUGGUGCACAACUUAGAUGAAUUUCUCGACAGCAUACAAGUUAAGCUUACCAAGCUUGAGGCUCAGCUGGCAGAGGCCACAGCCCAGACGUAUGGUCAGAUGGACAUUACUCGUGAAAAAUGUGAUUUUGCCCAAGAGAAAACAAGAGAGGAGGCUAUAUUGCUGGGACCCACCACAUUAACCAACCCAAUGGUCUCUCCUGAUAUUGGUUUUGUUGACAUGCUCAGAUAUGGCAUUGUUGCACUGCAGUUACUACCAGAGAAUAGCAGUGCAGGUAUUGUGGUGAUCACAGAUGGUGUAAUAAGCUUACCAGAUGCUACAGUGUUUGACUCUCUGCUGGUGCAGCUUAGGAAUCAAACCAUUGCUUGCAGCUUCCUUCAGCUGGGAUCUGUUUACCAUCCCCAGGCCUCUCUAGGCUAUGUCCCAUUCUCAGAACUCAUGAACUUUCUAGCUACAGCUACAUGUGGAGCCUAUUUGGCCACCUUGCCACCUAUUGGAGAUGACUAUGUUUAUGACAUGAAUGACUACCACAAGUCUCUGCUGUCUUGGGGCUUCCAGAAAUUUAUGUAUGGCCUUUGCCCAGAUAAUGGAAAUUAUGGAAUGAAUGGAUUUUACAGCCUACUGCCAGUAGCUCAAGAAGCUACAGAGCUAAUGAGGAAGAAGGAAAGAGAGAAUCAGCUAAACUUAGCUCUUAAUGCUCUGUUGUCAUGCCGGCUAAGAGAAGGCUAUGCAAUCAAGAAGGUUACCAUUGUUGAUGACCAGAUACAGCUGGUGCUUGUUUUACCCUGGAAAUAUUCAAUUUUUAUUGAAUAUCACAUCAGAUCAGCUUGGCCUCCUACACAAUCGGUUGUAAACACUGAAGUUUGGAUUGAGGCAACCUAUGAGUUUCUCAACGAUGUGACGAGUGAUGUGCAUCGUCAUUUCCGCUCCAAAUAUCGUCAGAGCAUGGUAGCCAAGUAUUGGAGCACACUUCAACACCUUCGUGACACUGAUAUGCUUUUAGUUGGACUUCAGUCCUUUGCAUCUAAUCCUGCAUACUUUACCAUACCCGACUGCAUCAAGAGAGGCCAUCCUGUCUUCUAUCGCAAUUCUGGACAAAUCAAUUCCAUAUCUGAUGCUACUAGUGACCAGUUCCCACAAUUCACGACCUUCUGGAAGCCAGUGUGUAUGUUGGAUACCAAUAUCUGGCAGAAGUGGAUGCACACACAUCGUAUUGGCAUCAUAUUAGAGCACGAUCAUCCACUUCCCAAGAACCUCCAUGUUACAAACACAAGUGGAAGGUAUGGAAUUGUACAUUGUCGACAGGCUGAGUCAGCUCUCACAGCGCUGCUGGCAGAAUGGUGUGACUUCAUACUAAUAGAAAAUGACUCUUAUAUCAAGUUUUUGUAUAGGGAAUGCGAUAAAGAAAAGACACCGGUAUCAUUCUUUGUGGUGCGAAUCACUUCUAAGCCUCCACCAUGUCUAGUUAUUAGGUUGGCUUUUCUUGGUGGAACACCUGGACACAUUAGGAAUCAGUUGGUGGGUCAUAUCCGGGAGAAGAUUCAAGGACUUACCUUUCCAUCACGCAUGGGGCUUACUGAACGCAGCAAAUCUUUACCUCCAGCCAGACAACAGUCACAGGACAAAUUGGGAGAUGACAUGUCUAUAUCAGCAUCAAGUGACUUGAGACCGACGGGGGUACGUCCGAUUCUCACUAGAGUAGCUUCCAACAUUCCAUGUUGUGUCAUCACCCACAAACCAGUUGAGAAGAUUCUUAUAUGGUAUGACAAGAUGCCCAGUAACCUGUUGAGCAUUGUUCCUGAAACACCAAUCAGCUCAUCCAGUAAGUCUGUGUACUUAAAGGUGGGUACAACAAAGUCGGCCACUCAUAACAUGGCCCUCCUCUCUCGUUACCUGCAUCAUCGACGGUGGAUCUGGGCAGUGCAGGCUCCUAGUGCUCCAGCUGUCUCUCUCAAUUCUGUUGCAAGAAUUCUCAACACUCUAUCAAGAAUAAGACUCCAAGAAGGCUUCAGCUAUGCAUAUUCUUGUAAUGGAAUUGUAACAAUGGUCCGAGAGUUUGACAUGAAGUUGGAGCUGAGUGAAAGUGAAGGUGAACGUCUGCUGGAAUCAUGCUCUCAAGGAGGACUGGCUACCUUUCCCUGUGUUGCUCAGUAUGUGAUCUUCCCACCGCAUAUAUCAAACUGCAGUAGAGAUAGUAUUGUUGAUGAGGACUGGGAGGAAGGGGACAGUGUGGAAGCUGAUGGAGAGAUACAGAUAGUUACUGAGUGUUGGGUGGAACCACAGAAUGGUGUUGUUACCUCUCCCUCACCUCAGGCGGUCCAUCUCCAUAACUGUAACUACCGGCAGCUGGCACAGGCGUUCUUCCCAGUGGACCAAAAAUGCAUAUGGGGCUUACUGACGGUGGAACACCUGCUGUUGAUGUGCCAGGGCAGCAGCAGCAGCAGCAGCAACAGCAUUGGAGGCUUGGAGGCCCGUGCUGCAGCUGAGGCGCAAUCUGCCUCAGAGGUCAAAAUUGAUCCUUCCCUACGCAUUGCUCAAGUUCCAUUUUCCUUUGACCUUAUCAGACUCCUGCCCAUGUGUCAGCAGGUUGAAUUGCUGGUCUCCACUUAUAUACAAGAUUUAUAUAGUAGCCUGGUGAAGAGAGUAACAUUUGGGUGUGAGUCUUCUGUGGACGAGGCCAACCAGAUCCUGUACAACUUGCUCUUAGAUCAUCUUUGUCAGCUACAUCAGAACAAAGAGUUUCACCUGAGUGCCGCUGACAUGCAGGCUCUGCCCACGGUGCUUCAGGAGCGCCAGCGUCCUCCUAGUGCCAAAGACUCACCAUUUACCAACACCACCAUUAAUAAAAUGAGUGAUCCUCCCAAGUGGCGGUGUUUCCUGAAGGGCGUGUCCAGCAACCAUCUCCUCAUUACUCUUCUUCCAGCUUCUUAUUACGAUCUCAAGAUGCUCUUAGUCAAACGUGCCAAUAUAACCGAGACCAACAACAUGGCUCUUAAGCUUCUGCCAAAUUCUCUAAACUUUUUGGACUUUGACACUGAGACUAAUACAACUGACCAGCCAGCAGCUGGCCUCAUGUCAGAGCAGCAGAUAUCUUUCGAAAGCAGCACAUCGUCGCUGACACACAUGACAUCUCCUAGUCUGCCUCCACCCACACCUACCAACUUCAGAUCUGCUACUGUGUCAGUUGAUGAGGUUGGUGAACCUACUUCAUCCAGAAUUCGCUAUAAAUCUGGUCCAGUUUUUCAAACAAAUUCGCAUCACGUUCAGUCAGUAUUUUCUGAUUCACUGCUGCGAGAAAGAGCCAGUUCUUUCCAUGUAAGUCGAGAGCGAUGUAGUUCUUUUGGACAAGGAGCCGGAGCUGCAGAAAGGAACCGCACUGGUUCUGUUGAUUCACCUACCAAAGAACCGCAGUGUGAUGUCCCUAAAGUCUUGUCUCCAAAUGAGCACAUAAGGAAAACAUACAUUUCGAUGCCAUCUAAAUCGUAUUCUGGUGGGUUUGAUCCUGCAGUUACAAGCAUGUCAGUGGAAGCUCUGAAGACUGAAGAGAGCUUCGUGCCGAUGCAUUUACAAGCUGCUGCAGCUGCAGGAGACGUAGAUCCUGCCAGCAGAGUUUCCAACCUUGAUGAAAGCACAACCAUUGCCAAUCCACCACCUUGGCACAAACCUCUGUAUGGUGCUGUUACUUUACCUAUCUAUGUUUACGACUGCAAACUGAGCAGCAUCACCACUCAGCUGAUCAACUGCAAUAAUCGUUCUAGUGUUGUAGGGAAGGACAUUUACAUAGACUCCACCUCCAAGUUAGAGUGUGACAUAAUAGAGGAUACAGUACCUCUGAAGGAUGAUUCCAUCCCCCCUCCUGCUGCAACUUUUCAGGAAGAUCCCAAACAACCCAGUCCUGAACCUCGCUCAGAAGAAUCUGACGUUGGAGAUUACAGUUGUGUGCGCGGUCAUGUAGAAGCACUGGAAGUGUUGUACCUGCGGAGCUUUGUGUUGGGUGUGUUCCAAGCUCUGCAGAGAGACCUAACUGUCCACUGCCAGGACAUGCAGGCUGCUCUCGACCUCUGCUCUGAGUCCGUCAUGGAGAUUGAAGUUACUGACUUUCUGCAGACUAUUUGUGGUCACCUCCGAGACUUUCGCUUGCGCAUCGACCUGGAGCAUAUGCAUCAGUGUCGACCAGAGGCUGGUGUUGCCAGGCCGGGCCCACCACACCAAGCAACAGUCACAGAAAAGCAGGAGAAGAAAGAGCCAUCAGGAGAUGUGAGUGAUGUACCUGUGACAGCAAAAAACAUGAGUGGUGCUGGUGCUAGCAACAGCAGCAACAACAGGUUCCCACUUUCCUUGCUCAAACUGCACCAUCCCUGCCGCGACCUACAGCAGCUUCAUUCUAGCAUUCGAGAGCGCUUCUUGACCAUCCUACAGGAGUCUUUCCACCCUGUUCCCUCCCUUCCUGACUAUUACUUUUUCUCACCUCAGACACUUCGUCGAUCCAGUGAGGGGACACCAGUGGGAGAUUUCAUCUAUAUGUCGUCCCGGGAGCUGGAACAGUGGGAAAAGAAUCUGCUCGACCUGCCAAGACCUCGAAAGUUGCGAAGGGUAUCUGUAAGCAAGAAAUCAGAUGUGUUUACUGAAGGUGAAGAAGAUCUCAAUGAUGAAAACACAGUUAAUGGUGGUGAGGAUGAUGAUGAGGAGGACCAUGAUAAGAGCAUUGAGUUCCGAUCAGAAAUUGGCAGUACAGUAUAUCACCGCCUUCAUAGUCAACUAACAGCCUUCGAGGGAGAUGAAGACAAAACAUCAGUGAUCAGUGAACGUGAUGAAGACUUAAGCACACUCCCUGAUAAUAUGGACCUAGCAGAUGGCCCCAUCCCUCCUCUCUUCCUUCAUUUUACUUGUACUGUUCGAGUUGCUGGUCAUGUACAGUCUACUAUAUCUGUGAAGACACUACCCACAUGUCUCGAUGAAAUUGUGGAUUCACUGAGGGGCAGCGAAGUGGAUCUUUCCCUGGUCAGUGUGACACUGGAUGUCUUGUGUAUGACACUGCCUCCUACCUUAGCCACCAAGACAACGGGAGAGUCGCUCACGUUCAUGACUGACUCAAGAUCGGCUCGCACGACCAGCUUUUGCUCUAUAUCAUCAUUGCACCCAAAACGAGCAAGGUCCAUAUCAGAGUCUACCUGUGCUUCAUUAUCAGAUAUGGAUGAAUCGUACCUGGAAAAUGAAGACCAACUUGGUCACCUUCCCAAUUACCAGCAUCAAGCCAUCGUAUCUACUGUUGACGAGAUAAAGUGGCUUUUACGUGAUGAAAUAUCAUCGGCCAUGCUACACAUGUAUCCUUUAACUGAGCAGACACUGGAUAUGGUCGCCACCCAUGUGGAGAGUUCACGACAAGCUCGCAACUGUAUCUCUGAGUCCAUCCCCCUCAACUUUGUCUGUGGCAUGGAACAAAGCAGAGACAAAUUUAUGCAAGAGUUCGGACGUUUGAGUGUGAGUGGUCAUCAUCUUAAGCAAGAGGGCUCACUAUAUUAUGUAGUGCAAGAUAAAACUCAAAUAAGGAGGAGACAUUUAUCAUCGCUGGUACCACCUCUUGCCAUCAAAAACCAGUUUCUCAUUGUCAGACCUCAGCCCCAUGCUGACGACACUGCCCAGUUACGGCAGAUGGAUUUCGGUUGCCAGACCAGCAAAGUGAGUCUCUCUUCACCUGAUGCUCUUUUAAGUCCUCCUAGCAGGCUUCAGGCUGCAAGAGUUUCAUUUGAUACUGAAAGACAUAUUCCAGAGGGUGAAGGUGAAAGCAAUUCUCAAAGAGCAGAAGGAUCAGAAAAGGAGAAGUGGGUUCGACGUCGUGAGCGGAAGGAAAGAAGAGAUUCUGAGAGACGAGGUUCUAUCAAUACAUCAGACUCUGAUACUGGUAAGUCUUUAUUUAUUUUUUUUUUUUUUAACAUGCUGGCCAUCUCCCAGAGAGUCAGGGUGACCCGAAAAAGAGACACUUUCAUCGUCAUUCACACUAUCUCUGUCUUGCCAGAGGCACACAGAUAUAACAGUUCAGAUGUUCCUCUCAACAAUUCAAUUGCUAACAUUGCUGAAGACAAAACUGUUGAAGCAGAGGAAACAUUUGUAAAUCAGUUAACACAUGCAUCUGAUUUGUCAGAAAAUUUAUCUGCCACAGUUGAAAGAAGUGAUAUGAGCCUUGAUCAGGAUGGUUCUAAUAAUGAUACACAAACACUGAAACCUUGUGAAGAGACAGCUCAUUCUGACCUAUGUGGCUCGGAAAGUCUGCCUCGUCCUCCGGUGCCUGCUGAAGUGAUGAGAAAAUCAGCAAGUACUGACAACUUUGCACCAUGUAAUACUGAAGCCUCUGUUGAACAUCUGAAAACUUCACAUACCUCUGCUGUGAACCCAAGUGGGAGUUGUGGCUUGUGGGCAGAAUUUAUAAAGAGUCGUCACAAUUCAUCAGAACUCAUGAAGAGCCGUAACAACUCUGGAACAAAUGCUGAUCUGUUAAAAAGCAGACAUAAUUCAGGAACUGGAGGAGACAUUCUGAAAAGUCGUCAUAACUCGGGCACUGGAUCUGUUCCUGGUGGUCCAUAUUCUGAUGUGUCAAGUUUGUUGGAGUCUGGUCAGACGACAGAGGAUGGCUGUGAGGGGGACAUCAGUGACUCAGAUAACGAUUGCUGUGAUUGGCUGCAAGACUUUGAGUCAGUCCGGCCUUUCUUACCAGUGUUUUGGCUGAUUUUACGAGUCUCCAAUGAUAGUGUUGACACUUACUUCCACUGCAGAACUGAAUCAGAAAUGGCUCGGUGCCGUGAAGUUCAGACAGAGGUGGUACGCUCUGUGCGAUCUCUUGUGAAGCUUGUGAACCAAACACUGCUUCUUCAAGACCUGCACAACACUCGCAUGUGCAAUCAUCUCUUGGAACCUGAAACUUCUGAUGACAUUUGGCGCCAUGAAGAUACAAAGGGGAAGAGUGUCGACGAUAGUGACCCUGAAUACCGAGGCUAUUUAGAAGCUGCCUUCAAGUUCAAAGCUGGAGCCUUUGCCUGCAGGGUUGUGUGGGAAACCAAAUUUGAGCUUCAUCCCAAAGUGAAAUUAUGUGCUGGAAAGGUGGGCAGCAAGGGUAUUCAGGCACUCCGCACCAUACUUAACCCAUUCUCUGUCAAUAAUCGCAAGAACAUGUUUGUCUAUGAAGACAGCUCUGGCAAUGGCUCCAAUGUGUUUUAUCUAAGGUUGAAGGAGCUGCAGUCGACGUCAGUAUCACCACAAGUUGAGGGACGACGUGAUGAGAGCGUGUUGUCCCGCAGUGCCUCCGUGGUGUCGUUGGGUAAACGAGGAAGUAGGGAGGAUGAUCCUAUGAAUCUUAAGACUGUCUGUACAUCUCAGCAUCAUGAGCUACGACCUCGUGUGAGUUCCUUUGGAGAGAAGGAUGUGAUAAUGGAGGGAGUACCAUCAGCACCAGCACAACGCAAGCGCAACCAUUAUAUAAUCCUAACUGUGCAUGGCAUUGCUGAACCAGGUCCAGCAAUCAAGGAGGAAUUAGUGAGGAUGUUACAGAACCGUCUGGAUGAAGCUGUGGUUGAAGCUAUUUGCCUGAUGCUCUGGAGUAACCCACAACAUAAACUCACGCCCGAGGAUGUUCAUUUUAUUCAGCCACCUUAUCAGUCACCAAAAACUGUCCUCAGGUUUACUGUGAAUGCCCACGCACUUCCAUUCUUGCAAGCUGUGGGAUACUAUCUCCGUCAAAACAUGCUCUCCUGUGGCUUUAUUCACCCUAAGUUUGCUGAUAAUUGUCCAGAAUAUCAUUUUCAGGACUUCUCAGCUACAGAUCAAGAUCUUAGUAGUGAGCCAAAUAUCUUCUUGUUUGUGCGGCCUAGAAAGUCUGCAGCCAAGGGUAUAGCUUGUAUAGCCUUUUCUCUAGUGGAUGGCAGUGGCUGCACUGUACAGCAUGUCAGUUGUCCACGACCAUCUCAGCAGGCACACCAGGAAGUAUUUUUGAAACAGGAUUUUGAAGCUCUCACACACACACAAGAGUACCAACCCAGUCCAACAAAAAGUCCAGGACCAAUGGCAAUGCUUCAGUUUAAAGUGUGGGAGAGCGGACGCGUCGACCUGGAUGAAGUACGUCGCUAUCUGUUGGACUCCACCCGUCACGCUCUCUGGGAUGUCAACACAGAAUAUCGUCUGUUAACAGCUCCUGUUACUGUGUCUCAGGGAGGACAACAACACACAACUCCUGCAUCUGAGCCAAGCACUCCUAAAAAAGAAACACGAGGUGCAGCACUGAGAUCAGUGAGUUUGCUGGAGACCGGGACUCAGCCUGCAGAAGACCGCAUGCGCUCGGUCUCCGUCUCGGGUGUACCUCCACAUGUAUGUCUCCCACGAAUGGCAAACAAACUUGGGAGUAAGAGAGUGGUGCGUGCCGGUGAUGGUCGAGGAGACAGCCAGAGAGAGCGAGCUCCCUCACCCCUCACACUAGUUCAGGCAAGACUGCGCCUCAUGUCUAACUCUGUGCCUGACCUGAAGUUACGAGGUCGCAGGGCAUCAUUACAAUCUCCCUGCGACGCUACAACUGCGGGUGAUGGUGCAACAACCAGUAGUGGUCAUUCCCCAUUGAAGGUACGACACAGCGUUGACCUUGGCGUGGAACGUAACAAACUUCUGAACGAAGAUGGAAAUGCAGCUUCACUCGAGAGUCAACCAUGGGAUUACAUCACAGGCUCAUCUUUUACUCUUCAUCCUAUAUUCCACGGUCUCAUGUUGGAUUGGUUGGAGUAUGCCUCAGUGCUGGAUGAGAAGGGUGAACAUGCAGUGCGGAGAGAACUUGGAGAGAAGGGAGGAGAGCAUGCAGUUAAGAAGCACACUGUUCUUAUUACUACAAGACAUGCAGUACCUAUCUUUAUAAGUGAACUGCAAAAGUGGGUGUCACAGAAUUCUAGUGACACCUCCAUCAAGAUAUUUGAGGAGUCUGUGAGUGAGGGAGAGGAAACACCAGCUUACAAGUUUGUGGAGCCUGGCAAGAUUGCACAAGUGCUGAAAUGUGACCCUAAGGGAGGCUACAUAAACAACAACUUCAUAAUCAUUGGUCGUAACAAGCAGCUAUGGUGGGCUACGCUCUUUGAAGAAAACUUUAAUGAUUACUACAUAAACAUGAUAACAUCCAGCAAGAAUAGUCAGCGGUAUCAUCCAUUAGUUGUGUCACCAAGAGGCCGCUGUGUAAGUGGAGGGGAAGCAUCAUACUCCAGACUAGAGAACACAGGAACCACAAGUGGAGUGAGCACACCCAGCACUGUGCAGCCACCCUCAUCCAUACCUGUUAGUGGUAAUGCUAUAUCCUCAGCUAUAGCCAUUUCUUCUCCUGUGACUGUACCUUCAACACCAACCAGCCUGUCAAGUGUUGUGGGUCCACUCUGGCCUUACGAGACUUCCGAUGUGUUGUUCAUUCCUCGUCAGAAGCUCCUCUUAGCAACGCUACAUGGCCUGGAGCUUGUUAUUUACACUUACAAUUGGACUAAAGAACAGUGUGACAAUCUUCACUCAGCUAUGACACGUUUGGGUCACUGGUCAACUGCUGGUAAUUCCCUGCUGUCAACUAUAGUCUUGCAGAAGAUGGGACUCUUCCACAACCAACCAUUUGUGCGCAAGACCUCACUUAAAAAAGAAGAGGAUAACAAUCCUUACAUGGGAAGUCCUGCAUAUGUCCAUGGAUUAAUAAAAUUUCAAGCUCCAGGAAGAGAUUUACCAAUGAACCCAGAGCGAGGCAACAGAAGGGCUCAGGGUUUGUUGGCAGUACCCAGCCUAACUGACAUCUAUAGAGACAGCAGACUUCCAGGAUCUCUUAAAAUUUCUCAGUAUGGAAGUAUGAAGGAUUUGGUACUACGCCAUGGCAACCAGAUGACUGAUAUGAGGCAUCUCAUUCUACAAAAAGAAACUCAACGUAAAGUGCUAUUAAAGACCUUAGUGCAAACACAUGGACACUCCAGUCCAGUCUUCAAUGACAAGAUUUUGGCUCUGUAUAAGCAGAAUGCACGCAUUGUACACUUCUGCUACACUCCUCUUCUGUUUCUGCCAAGGUGGCGAUGGCAAGUGGCAGCUGCUAGGGAUCACAGCUUGGCUGAUCCUAAUUCACUCACUGAUAAAACUGUCAACUUUGGCAUGAAGACUCCUGAACCUCGUUCUCGUCAUGAUUCUGGCAGUUCUACAAAAGGUGUCAGUGCUAGUGGCCCUACUGAUCUUCGGCGCUCACUGUCACUCAAGUCUAACCUGCCCAGCCCUAUUCAACGUCGGCGCCACGUGACAGGUGGAGACGAGAAGUGGCACGACGCACUCUGCUCUAACUACCUUAAGGAAUAUAUCCAGUAUUUGCAGAGCUUAGGGUUUCUUACACUAAAUGUGACAUGCGCACCCCAGCAACAUGGGCGCAACAUUGGGCGAGAGGCAGAAAGUCGAGGUUUCCGAGUGAAGGAAGUGCGAUUUAGUGAGAAAGUCACUAAGGAUCCCACUUAUUUACUGAAGAAUGUCUUGGGUGGUACAAUUCUGUUGGAGAUAAGCUUCUUAGAGCCUUACUUCUUUGCUAAGAUAUAUGUGUUAGAGUCAUGUAGGCUGGAGGGAAAGAAGCUAUCAUCACAGAUUGAAGCUGUAUCAGAAGUGUUAGUAGGAGGGGCACUGGCAGCUAUGUCGCCCUCUCCACACACUGCCGCACCACCUAUCUUUCCCGAGGGCUGUCCUCCUGACCAGAUGGACGACAAAUUUGCCAUCAAUUCCUUUCUGGAUAAAGUUGAUGACAUAAAAGUGCUGCUUCAUAUGCAUUCCUUCACAUUUGACUUCCACCUGAGAGCUCUGUGUGCAUACGUUGCUGACCGUCAACUUCUCUUUACUCCCGGCUAUCAUCUGUCAUCGUGUCUGUCAGACUUUAUCAAGUACUACAAUAAAGGACCAAACUUUGCCAGAAAUCUGAUUCACUCAGGUAAACUGACAAUAGAAGACACAGGAACUCCAGGGGAACAAUUAUACAAUUACCUGCUGGCACGUGAGAAGCAGUAUCGCAUGAGAGUGUUACGUAUGACUCCCGUCAUCCACGAUCCUGAUGCUGUCAUGCAGUAUACAGAGUUCAUUCUGGUUCACACCAAAACUUGCCGUGUGCACUACAAAGAUGCCAACGACCAGCGAGUAUCAGACGAGUAUGAUGUUACCUUGCUGGUCUCUCACAACACCAAUGCUGAGGACCGCUCCGAUGAGCGUCCAAACGUCUUGCAUCUCAAUUACUACGUCAUCUUGACCAGCACUCGGGAGAUGUACCCGAAUCGUAUUCUGGAGAAAAAGAUGGGACGGUUUCGCACUGUCUCGAUUGCACCUUCCCUAGGAAAGCGCUGGACUCCAUAUUCAACCUAUGCAGAAGAGAGUGAUCAGAGUGGUUCAGUCACCCCUCCUUCUGCAACGGCUGUGUCUGCUGCUACUGAAGAUGAGGCUACCCAAGCUGCCUCAACUGCAGUUGGUCUCCCACCCCCUCUCAAGUCAUAUAUUGGCAUUAGAUCAGAGAGCGUAAACUACCUUGGGUACUACACACAGUAUGAAGAGACCAUGCAGAGGACACUGGAGGCUCAGGCAGAGGAUGCAAGAUCUCGUAUCCAUCACAUCUUCAACCAGGCUAAGAUUCAUUGCAGGCGGGACUUACUGUGGCAGCGCUUGACAGCCAGCCUUCGAGAAGAUGAGAGACAAAAGUUACCCAGAGAACAGAUACUUAGUGGUUUAAGCUUCAGUGAGCUAAGUGAACUGUUGAGCAUGGUGAGUGUUGAGCCUCUGAGUGCAGUCGACCCACAACUCUUACCCCUCCUGUCUAAACCUCUGCAGUGGUACCAAGGUCUGACCAGGGUCUUACAGUCCAAGUACCAGGAGCGCCACAGGAGUUUAACAUCUAAUGACGGUAACAUUCAGCAUGUGGUGGUGCUAAGCUCGACGUGUUCUGAUGCCUUUAUGAUGCUCUCUAUAAAUCUCCAUCAUCAGAAAGCAGAACUAUGCUGUGUAUACAAGCAACUGAAGGGUGAGGGGUCAUCACGAGCAUCCAUAGACUGUCGUAUUCAAGGUCUUAUACAAGACUUCGUCAAUGCCUGUUGUUUCCACCUGUGGUGCGGCCUUCUGUAAUUCUGCAACUUGCAUAUGGGUUAUCAGAUUGACAAACCCUUCCAAAUUAUAUUUCUUUAUAAAAUUAUUCUGUAAUGGUAAUAAAUUGAAUUCAAAUGUAUUUUAAUGUUUACAAAAUUAAUGCUGUGUAGAUGAAAAUGAAGUUUGAAACAAAAAAAAACUUUAAGUAUUAUUCUGCUUGAGGAGAGAGAUAUUAGGCUAUACAGAAAAUAUGUUAGCUACUGUGUAUAGUCCAUCCCAUUAUAAUGGUGAAGAGAGUUGAAAACCUGGUCCAUCCCAUGAGGUGAAAAGAAGUGAGGACUUCGUCCAUUCCAUAAGGUGAAGAGAGAUGAGAACUUGAGUCAUUUGAUUUGUGCAGCUAUGCAAUAGAGUUAAGGUGACUUAGGAGGAUAUGGGAGAGUAGCGCAGUAAGUGUAAAAUGACUUUGUUUGGCUCUGCUGAGUCAUAGAUUUGGAUGAAAGUCGUUUUCAUGCUUUUCUUCCUGAUCAUAUCUUCAUGUAACAGAGUGUAUUUUUUCCCUAUGAACUACACACUUUUUUCCCUACAGAGAAUUUGCUGCUCCCACCAUAAGAAAUGAUGCAGACUCUGGCUGUGUUGAUUGAUAUAUUGCAGAAAUAAAGUCUAGUAAUGUUCUUAAUGGUUUGGGAUAAUCCCACUGCCACAUUAAUUAUUAACUUUUUGAAGAAUGGAUGCAUCUGUGGAAGUACGUAUACAGCAGUAGACCUCAUUCUUCCGGGGGGGAUUCCAAGAUGCAGCAUGUCUUAUUUCUGCAAUCUUCAAUAUGUUGCUGACUGAGCUUAAUCCUAGCAAGGCUGUUGGAGAUACAACAGCACUCUUCGCUCUGCAAUGUUGUAUGACCCUUUUGGGUUUAGCACUUAGUCUGAUUACAGUGACACUUCUUUUUUUUAAGUAUUCAAUGCUGCAAAUCCUAUGGGCUCUGGGGAAGAACCUGACCAGGACCCCAUGUUUGGUUUAUCUGUUAUUGCGACAAAUAUGGAUAAAGUCACUCUUACUGGUGGGUUUUUUGUAGACCUUCAGUUGGGUGUAUAGUCAUUUUUGAGUAACAAACGGAUUAGUCUCUCCCCUUGAUGCUCUACUAAAAGAUGGAAAUAUGUUCAGAUUCAAGGUCUACAGAGGACCCAUCAAUAAGGAUGACCUAAUCCCAUAUUUUACAAACUGUGAUAGAAAAAUCAGGUGUGGGGUUCUGACUUGGUUCUUCUGUGGAGCUUUGGAGAAGUACUGCUACAUUGACAGCUUUGCUGCACUUUAAUUCCCCAGCAUUUUAUUGCAGAUUGUAGACAUGAGGCAAAAUAUGACCUGGAAUCCCUGAGAACACAGGUCACCAGGCAUUUAGCUCUUUUCAUUGCUAACUACUACUAGAGUUACACCCAUUCUCCACUAAAUUAAAACUGCUGUGUGUGGUAUCAUCUAAAACAUUAAGAACAUCACAAGACCCUGUAUCCACAAAACAUCUAACAGCACAGAUAACAUCUACAUCAUUCCUUGUGUUGGGUGCAGCAGAUUCUACAUGAGGAAGCUUCUCAUUAUCUUAACACAUAACUAGAACAUAUAUACAUGUGUAUAACACAAUGCCUAUUAUGCACAACUUUUGGGAUAAAACCCAUCUCUUCAAGACAGGGUCAGAAUAUGCAUGGAAGAUGCCUCCAACUAUCUGAACUUACGACUGUAGAGAAAAAUCAUGGUGCUUUCACACUUACCUACCUUCUACAUCACCUGACCACGCCCAAACAGCAGCUCAAGUUGGAUGACCAGGUUCUCACCUCCACUCUUUGCCUGAUAUUUUAUCUGUGUAAUUGAAUAAAGUUCUUAAUUAGUGAAGCAUUGUAAUGUAAAGGUUUAUGCCGUUUCGUGUCAUUACCUCGGAAAAGUUAUGGUAAUUAAUGAAGGUGAUGUAGUAGUUAAAGUUUGCCAUUAUUCAGUUCAAAGACCUAGUCACUUAUGAGCCAUCUUUACAUUUUAAAUUAAGUCAUUAUUCAAGGAGAGAAUAGCUAGUUACACUUUAUCUGUGAUUCCAAGAGAAACAUCGUAACAUAUCUGAGUCAUGACACUGUAAUAACAUGAUUGUAAACAACUCACAGAGCAGAAAGGUUUCAACCCCAUGGCAAGUCAAUCAUAAAUCUAGCAGGUCAGUAUUCAGUGGUGGCACCAAUGGAGGAGAACUGGUGCUGAAGCCCCCUCAUAAUCGUUACUAUCCCCACUAAAUAAUAAUGCAGCUUCAAAAAACAUCCUCUAGCUUUCCCCCUCCCUCCCUUUCCAAUCAGAUUGCCACCACAAAGCUCCCUCUGUACAGGCAUUUUGGAGCUGCCCCUGUCAGUACUUUUAUCACUGUACUAUACUGGCCGAAUAAGAUACAUCCAACUAGGUAUAUUUCUGUACACUAGUUUUAGGACUGGCUUGACAUGAGUUUGAAUCCUGUUCUAUUAGAAUUUUAGUGUUUCUUACCAAAGCUUCAUUUCCCUUUCUAGCACAUUGGCUCUCUGUCAAGGUAGGUAGGGUUAUCCAAAGAGAACAAAAUAUUCACCAUCAUUCAUUCAUUCAGUUUUCUUGCCAAAAAUGUAAACAUUACAAUUCAAAUGAUCCUCUGACCUGCAACAUCCUCACCCCUCUUCAAAGUGCAGGCACUAUACUUCCCACCUCUUGAACUUAAAUUUGGUUUACCAGUUCCUCUAAAUGCUAUCAUAAUGUUAUAUUGCUCUCACACCAGCAGCCCAUCAAACUGCUCGUCUUCAUUUACCCCAAUCUAACACAUGCCUGCUGGAUUCUCAAGCCCCUACCACUUUAAACCUUUACAUCCUCCAACCCUUCCUGGGAUGACCCUUACACUUCUCCUAUCCACCCUGGAUUUAUACACCCUCUUAGUUGUCCUAAUAUGCUCCAUCCUCUCUCAAUACCCAAACCACCUCAACAACCCCUCCUUUGCCCUCUGAACCAUACCUUCCAUAACCACAUAUACUUCUCUUUUCUACACUCAAAACUUUUUACAUAAUAUUCAGACCACACAUUGCUCUCAAACAUGAAUAUAUGCCCAUAACAUUGCCACUGCCUCCAGCCUUCUUCUCACUACAAUAUUUAAAGCCCAUUCUUCAUCCAUAGAAAAGGAUUGAUACAACUAUACAUUGGUACAUUCUUCUUUUUUGCCUACAUAGAUGAAUUUCUUUAUUCCCACAGAUUCUUCAGCACUUCACUUGCCCAUUUUCAUCUGUUCUGUUAUUCACCUUAUCUUUCAGGCCCAAAUAGCAACAUGUCCACUCCCAAUUAUCUAAAUACUUUCACUUCUUCUCCUUCCCAUCUGAUGUCCAAUCUUACAUUGCCUAGACUUAUUGUUACCCUCACCGCCUUGUCUUUUGUAUGUUGUCCUUUACUUUCCUUCUUUCACACAGUCUUCCACCAAAUUUUAUUUCUUCUCUUCAGAAUCUCCCAAAAGAACCAUAUCAUCGGCAAACUGCAACUGUAACAAUUCACUUCAUAUCAGAUUCAUUACCUUUUAAUCUAUUACUUCUCCCCAGCACAUCAUUAACCUUUAUGAUUCCAACUAUAAACAUUAGACAACCAAUUUGAAAUCCCACUUCCCUAUCUAAAGACUACUUUCAUUUGAAAAUGAUCGCCUUCUCUUGCAUACCUUAUCCUAAGCCUCAUUCUUUGCAUAAAGACAUUUUACUGCUUUAAUAACGUGCUAUCUAUUCUAUACAUCUGCCACAUUACAUCCUAAUCCACAUUAUCAUAUGCUUUUUUUUUUAAAUCCAUAAAUGUGACAAACAAUAUUUUAUUCCUAUUUAAGGAUUGUUCCCAUAGCUUCAAUGUAAACACUUGAUCAACACAUCCUCAAUCCUUCUUGCUUCUCCCUGUUUCUUACUCCUAACUCUUUCAUUAAUAAUCCUGGUACCCUCAACAGAUUUAUUCCUCUGUAAUUCUUACUUGCUCUUUUAUCCCCUUUUUCAUUAUACAAAGGAGCUCUGCAUGCUUAAUUUGUAAAAAAAAUAUCAAUAAAAUGUAUUAAUAUUA